AUUGAGGAAAAGAAGAGAUGCAGUCAUAGAUCUCAAGCAAUAUUAACCCGGGGCCAACGGGUCAGAGGGAGCCGGUGAUUUUGAAGACACCCCAGUCAUCAUGGCUCAUGCUACUAUUUAUGUGGGUUUUACUGUUCCUCAUUUACUGAGAGGUGCUAGCAGAAUUUUUCCCACUCAUUCUGCAUUGGUGGUGUUGAGGUGCUCUGCUUUUUGUUACUGCACAGUAAACGGCACAAUACAAUCAAAAAAGAAAAUGGAUCAUCUAGAGAGGACAGCAAGUAAUUUUCGCCAGGAGGUAAUUUCACAAGCAAAAGUGUGUGGAAUCACCAGUGAAUCGGAGACAGUCAAAAGACUUCGUUUGGCUAUCGCAAAUAAAGAUUUUACUUUCAAAGCAGGACAGUGGGUUGAUUUCUUUAUUCCUGGAGUAUCUGUAGUUGGGGGAUUCUCAAUAUGUUCAAGCCCUGGCCUGUUGGAACGAGAAGGAAUAUUAGAACUGGCAGUAAAGAACACUGUUCAUCCUCCUGCUCACUGGAUUCACACUGAGUGUACUCUUGACUCAGAAGUGGCUCUGCGAGUGGGAGGUGAUUUCUUCUUUGACCCUCAGCCUGGUGACUCCCCUGUAAAGCUAGUGCUGAUAGCAGGGGGUGUGGGAAUUAACCCAUUGUUUUCUAUACUGCUGCAUAUAGCAGAUCUUCAUGGAUACCAAGAGAGUAAAGGAAAUGGAUACAAAAUGGGAACAGUGAAGCUGUACUACAGUGCAAAAAAUACAAGCGAACUCUUAUUUAAGAAAAAUAUUCUUGGUUUGAUGAAUGCAUUUCCUGGAAAGAUCACAUGUCGUUUCCACGUUACCCAACAGAGUUCACAGAUCUGUAAAGAACUUCAGCCACAUGUUACAGAGGGAAGAGUAUCUGAAAAGGAUCUAGAAAAACAUGUAUCUAAGGAUACUUUAUGGUACAUCUGUGGUCCACCUCCAAUGAUAGAAUCUAUAUCCAAACUACUAUCUAACAUGGGUGUUGCUAGAAACUGUGUUUUCUUUGAGAAAUGGUGGUAGUGACACCUGCUGAAAAGAAAAUGUAUUAUUUUUUUCCAGUGUAUUUUGAUAAGCUAAAAUGUACAGAAAUGGACUAUGAAUUAUUUGGAAGAUUUUACUUCAUACAUGAAGAUGUCCUCAAUCAUGAUGGUGUUCCUUUAAUGUAACUAUAAUACAACUGCUGUAAUACAGUGCUGCUGGUUUGGGGGGGGGAAUUAUUUUAUAUUAAAGACAUUAACUGUU